AAAUAAAUCUAGAGCUCAGCAGCAUUGUUGAUGCAUGGAUGCUGGUUGUAUUUUCCUGACCGAAAAAAUGUGUUGUGCAAAGUAUUAGUUGCAGCAUGGUAGCCAAGUUCUAUGUCAAAGUGAAAUGUACAGCAGUGACAGUUCUGUAAAGAUCAGUAAUUUGUGUAUUCUUUCUAUCCUUUAUACAGGCAGCACUUAAUGAAGUACACACAUUACUAAUGUCCAUCCUGCAGAGAAAUGAACUGUGAAAAAACUUAAGUAAACAGGUUCCAACUGUUCAUACAAAGGAUUGCACAAGUCACACAUUGUGUUUCCACAAAACUUUCCCCACAAUUUGCUGCUGCUCAGCAUGUAUUUCACUUAGCUUCCUACAAUUAAAAUCUGCAAACAAAAAAGCUUUCCAGUGCUAACAGACUCAUGUGCUUUCCCAGAGACUUGGAGCCACGUGUUUCGGGAAUGGCUGGGUACACCACGCCAAUAUAAUAUAAAGGCAACGUCAAUCACCUUCUCUCACUUUUUAAUAGAUCCCCUCCAUGAUUCUUAUUCUCCGUCACUAGAAACUUAAGAUUAAAAGAACUUUACUAUAUUUCAAGUACAGUUUAAUCCACUAAGAUGGAUCUCCUUCAUAGCAAUGGCGUGCUUAUCAUUCAGCAUUUACAGAGGGACUACAGGGCUUACCAGGAUUUCCUUAAUUUUAUGUCACAUGUUGGCGAUCCCCGGAAUAUAUUUUCAGUUUAUUUUCCUCUUUGGUUUCAGCUCAACCAAGUGGUUGGUACUAAAAUGAUAUGGGUGGCAGUCAUUGGUGAUUGGUUCAACCUCAUAUUUAAAUGGAUUUUGUUUGGCCAUCGCCCAUACUGGUGGGUGCAAGAAACAAUGAUUUAUCCUAAUCAGUCAAGCCCAUGCCUUGAACAGUUUCCUAUAACAUGUGAAACUGGACCAGGAAGCCCAUCUGGACAUGCCAUGGGAUCAUCUUGCGUCUGGUAUGUAAUGGUCACAGCAGCACUUAGCUACACAGUUAGAUGGAAAGAUAAAUCAGCUGUUACCCUUCACAGACUAACAUGGUCAUUCCUCUGGAGUAUUUUUUGGAUUAUCCAGAUCAGUGUGUGCAUCUCAAGAGUAUUCAUAGCAACACAUUUCCCUCAUCAAGUUGUUCUUGGAGUAUUUGCUGGCAUUCUUGUGGCAGAAGCAUUUGAGCAUACCCCUGCUAUUCAGACUGCAAGCUUGAGAAUGUACAUCAAGACAAACUUGUUUCUUUUCAUCUUUGCCCUUGGCUUUUAUCUAUCCCUCAAGCUUCUUGAUAUUGACUUGCUAUGGUCUGUUCCAAAGGCCAAGAAGUGGUGUGCCAACCCAGACUGGAUAAACAUUGACACAACUCCAUUUGCUGGAUUGGUGAGGAACUUAGGUGCACUCUUUGGUUUAGGUCUUGGAAUUAAUUCUGAAAUGUUCAUCACAAGCUGCAAAGGUAAAAAUAGCUGCAAGAUAAGUUUCCGCAUAUUGUGUAUAGCUGCUUCUUUAGCUACGCUGCAGCUGUAUAAUUUUGUUAAGAUACCUACUCAUACUGAGUAUUUGUUCUACAUUCUCUCUUUUUGUAAGAGCGCAGCUAUGCCUCUGACUGUAGUUGCCUUGGUUCCAUACUGUGUCCACUUGUUAAUGAGGACAACUGAAAAGAAACUUAAUUAGGUAAAGUUUCAAAAUGGUUAGCGAUGUGGGGAUGGAUGUGAACUGUUUAAGAACCCUCUGCAAAGGCAUUUUUGCUUACUCAUUUUAACCAAGGGGAUGCCACUGCAUCUUUGAUGUACUCCUGGUAAGUAACCAGUACAUCCAAAAUCAGUACACUCAAGAAUGACUUUGGCAGCUCAGAAGUAUUAGUCGCUGAUUUUGUUCCUAGAAAUAUUGCAAGCACACUGCAGUAUGGUUAGAAAUGGCCCAAUACUCUGGGUCAUAACAAAGUUUUAAAGUAUAAUCAACCAGCUUUAUUUAGCUAUAUGGUGGUCUUUUAUUUCUGUCCAUCUCUAGCUAGAUGAUGCUUCAAGCAUGACUUGUACAUAGUAAUACUCGAUAUUUCAUUUUUUUAUAUAUAGAUACUGUGUGUUAAACUGCUACAUAAUGGUGUGACAGUAUCGCACCACCUACGACUGUACAGCUGUACCCAGGCACUGUGAAAAAGGCCAGCAUAGUUAUAAACAAGGUUUCAGAUUUAACUUAUUGAGCUUCCUGAGCAAACCAGCUUCUGAUUAAGUCAGAUAAGAAAAAAAAGUUUAUUUCCAUUAGACUCUGUAGGAUAUAUUUUUGCAUUACUGUGUGGUUUUUGUCAUUUUUACUUUUUGAAAGUGGUCACAUGAAUCAUGAGUGAUACAGAUCACACCUACGAUAGAGAAAAUGCAUAAAUAUGGUAUAAAAAUCUUUGGGUUCUGUACAUCUACACAGAGCAACAAAUGAAAAAAGUUGUCAAUAAUGAAAUUAUCUCAGUAUAUGACCUCAAGAAUUUGUUCAUGCUCCUGUAUUGCAAAGGUAAUUCUCUGCUAAUUCUCUCAGAUCAACAGUCACAAGCCUGAAUCACUGUUAGCAGUUGUGUAAAUCUUGAAAAUAUGGUUGCAGACUGUCACUUCAAGUUUAUAUUCUUGUCAGCUUUGUUUAACUGAGCACAUAAGUAACUAAUAUGUUGAAUAUAUAUAUUAUAUUUUACUAUAUAAAAUGGAUGUUCUAAAUAGGCAAACAGGGGGGUACUUUCCAUUUUUAUUCAUUAUUUGGCGUCUAUUGUUGUAUAUUCCCUUUCAGUGCAUAAUCUUUAAGCAAUGUUUUGCUGAUACCAUCCUGUAAUACUUAAUACACAAGCUAUAUGUAUACAUAGACUUAGUAUGCAAGGCUAUAAUAUGGGUGGAAUGAGGGCUGCAUAUGUACGAUCUGAAAGCAAUAAGGCUUAAAAGAUGCAAACAUGAUAUUGCUUCUAGACUUCCAAAUAGGUAGGAGAUAAUUGAAAUGGAAAGAAUCUUAUUUAAUUGGGUAAACAAGGUGAAUAGUUUGGUGUUGGCCUUUGGGAAUGAACAAGACACAAAUUAAAGAAGCAAAUCUGAAACAGGCAUCCUUAGUUAAGAGCCUAGUAAGACUACCUUGACUUAAGAAAAUUAAACAUCUGCUUUUAACAGUCUGAGGACUGUUCUGCUGUGUGCAUCUCCUGAUAUCUUCUGUAAUGGUUCUCUGAACUUUUUUUCCCCACAGCAGCUGACCUGAAACCAGUCUUUUCUAUAAUUGUGAGUCCUUAAGCAAAAUUACUAAACUAAUGGGACUAGACACAAAUCAUGAAGAACAAAGACAGCUAUGACAAACACACAUUUCAGCUGUGUUCACGUUGCUGUGUGCUUUGUUAUUCCCUACCAGUGAGAUGAACUACAGAGGCAUUGCAGAACAGUAGCAGGUUGGUUGAGCUGUUGUUCUGUUCCUGGUUCCUCCUAGCCAGGAGUAGGGGAUUCUUCGUGCGCAGCUGUCCAAGGUUCUCUGCAAGCAGCAUUUGGAUUUAGUGGUAAUUUUAAGCUGGGAGUUAUGGGUACAUAUCACAUUUCUAGGCUUCUAAUCACAUGAGAGUCUCUGUUUCCCAGCACUGAGAAAGAAUCUUGGUGCCUCUGUUAGGGUAGGCACAACCAUAAUGUAGAAUGAGAGUUGGCAUUUCUGCAGUAUUCUUCUAAGCUCUGUACAGACAUGUAGGAAGACAUGGGCUCUCACUCAUUUUCUUGGAGUGUUCUAUUAAUUCACUCUGUAAUUUCAGUGCUUCAGGGAAAAGGACACAGAACAGCUUCCUGUCUGAACCAUCUCUUAUUUUUUCUGCAACUAUGAUAACAUUACUAAAAAUAGAUUGGUGGGAAAUCUGAAUAAAUCUAGUGUAAUUUCACGAGUAACUUCAGAAAUUAACUGACUGCUAAUGCAAUGGCCAUAAGACACCUUUUGAGCAGCCAACUGUAUUGUGGUAUAGACUUUUGUGCAACUGAUUGAAGAAUCUCAAAUGAGGGUUCCCAAACUUGCAAAGAGAGUCUUUUCCAGAGUGGUGGGAUAAAGUGUCAAGAUAUAAUCUUGAUAUUUUGAUAGAAUUAGAAUUGAAAAUCAGGAAGCAGGCAUUUAGUUGGUGCAGUGAAAUAAACCUGCAUGUCUCUUAGGCUUUAGUAAAUUUAUUGCAGUUGAAAAUUACAGUUCAAACCUUAUUUAAAUAGACUGUGUGACCUUACUGAGAGCUCAAAUCGUUAAACAUAUAAGCUGUAAUUUCACCAGGCCUUUGCAGCCCUUUAUAUUGUUAAUAUUUGGAACAGAUACAGCACAUACACACUUACAGGAUGAGCUAAUUAGCCUCAUUUGGGCCACAAACCUUUUUGAAUUAAGGUUUUCCUAUGUAAUAAAGAGGGUGGAAAGUGUGUGACAGAUCCCCUUGCUCCCACUAGUAGGAUCCUAGGAGAAAUUUAAUCUUUUAUUCUUGACUUAGAUAUGUCCAAAUAAUUCUUGACUUAGAGAUGCCUGUAAUAGCACUGGGAUAAUGCUAUUCCAAAAGUACUUCCAUCUCUGUGCAGAAAGAUUCUCAUGACCCAGGAGUUAUAUGAAGUGAAGGUGUCCCUUGUUCCUCGUACAAACUAGCUGACAAGUUGUCUUUACAUUCAGUUCACAACACUCUUGCUACUCUGCAGCUUUCCUUUUUAUCCUCCCGAUUCCCUGUUUAGCUUUCUUGGUGGAAGGACUCUGGGCACAGACACACCGUUUCUACCCAGAGCAGUCCAGUUGAAGCAGGGGCUGUAUUUGCAGAGCAGUUACUUAGGUGCUAUCCCAAAACACUGUCGUGGCUAUAUCUAUCCAGAGGAGUAGGGUGGUUGGAAAAUGCAGCUGCCAUAGACCAUACAGAGAAGCAUACAGCAGGAGACAUCAAAUGACACCAUCUACUGGCAAGACAAACAACUCAGGUCUGGCUUGAAAGAUGUAAGCAAAUGCCUUUGGAAUGGUUCGGGAUUACUGUCACCAAGCCCCAGGGCUGGGACAUUUUACCUGUGAGGCAGCUGCAGCAGCAAGACCAGCCCAGCUCUGUACUGAGCAUUCCAUCAAGGCUUGUUGCUCAUGCCCAGAUGUACCAUGCACAGGUACCAAAGGUCUAUAAUCAAGCACUUGUCAACAGCACGUAGGAAUAAAGAGGCAGGAGGUGGCACCCAUGAAUGUGCAACUGUGUACAUGGUAAGUGCAUUCUGUUGGAGCAGCACACUUCCCAACACUUAGCUCUCGGUAUUUCCUAGCUGCCUGAAAACAGGAUGGUGCUAAACUGAGGAGCAGUAGCACUAUCACCCAGCUUGGGCUGUGGCCCUGUGCUCCUGCAGGGAGACAGCAGGCUCCUGUGCUGGCAGGGGCAAAUGUCCUUGAGUUGGCCUUCUCAGCAGCUCCAUCCUGAACAGCAAACCC